GUCGCUCGCUCCGGACUCUGCCCGGGUUUGGGCGGCGGCUGCUGCCGGGAGGGCGACGUGGAAUGGCCACGUGGAGCCGCCCGGGGGAGGGCCGGCUGCGGGCAGCCGGGCGAGGGCGGCGCGGUGCCUAUAGCGCGCACGAAGCCGGAGCCCCAGUCGCUCACAGCGCCGCCGCAGCAGCUCCAGUCUCCAGCAGGAUGUCCCAGUGGCUGAUGCAAGCGUGGGUGCUGCCACUCUUGUUGCUCCCUUUGGGUCAAGCUGCUCCCAAGGAUGGAGUUGCAAGGUUGGACCCUGAGGUACAACAGCAGCUCACGCCCAACCCCUUCCAGCCAGGCCCUGAGCAGCUCCGACAUCUGCAGAAUUAUCUCAAAGGACUAGAGAAGAUGGAAGAGGAUCCUGAGCAUAUGAGCCGGGAGCAAGUUCUGCUCUCGCUCUUUGCUCUUCACGACUAUGACCAGAAUGGACAGCUGGAUGGCCUGGAGCUAUUGUCCAUGCUGACAGCAGCUCUGGCCCCUGAAGCUGCACACUUUCCCAUCAACCCGGUGAUCCUGGUAGUAGACACGGUGCUUGAGACUCAGGACCUGGAUGGCGAUGGGCUCAUGAGUCCUGCAGAGCUUAUCAACUUCCCAGGAGAAGCCCCCAAGCACGCAGAGUCCCUUCUCCCAGCUCUCCAGGAGCCGCGACCUGCUGGAAGUCAGCCGCUUUUAGCCAACAGUCCAUUGCAAUCAGAAACCCAGCAACCCCUGGGGAUUGCUAAAGAAGAAAUUAUGGGUCAGGUAGAGGCCAAAAGGGCAUCCUUGGAACCUGAACAGGAGGCUGGAAAUCAGAUAGAGGCUAAAGUAGAUACCCUAAGCCCUGAAGGAGAGGCUGGGGCUCAGGCAGAGUCUGAAGGAGAUGUCCCAGGUCCCGGAGAGGAUGCUGAGGGACAGGUGGAGAGCAAGGACAAUGAAGGAGAAACCAAAAAACUGCCUGUGGAAACACUGGAGACCCUAAACACUCCAAAUGAGGUUGAGACUCAUAGCAUCCAACUGGAGAACGAUGAGAUAUGAGCCAGAUUGCAUAGGCUCAAGCCCCUCAGAAUCUCAGUGCAGAGCAGAAGCAUGAAGUAUGAAAUGGUGGGAUUAGAGCCACCUCUGACAUGAGGACGGUGAUGCAAGCUAGUAAUCCCAGAAGCAUUGAGAGCUCUGGGCUAGCCUAGGCCACAUAGCAAGUUUGAAGCCAGGCUGGGCUACUUCGUAAGACCCUGUCUCGACGAGGGAAAAAAAGCACUCCCAUGUCUCCUUUCUGGCUUCAGUAGGAAGCAGGACUUUCUGUGCAGCUCAGGGAGACCAUAAGCUGAGAGGCAUCUUUCAGGCCCCAAACAACCAAUAAAGAACAGAAUGACUUCAUCUCCAUAGCCAUGUGUCCUUGGUCCAGCCUACCCAGAUCUUUCCCCUCAGAACACAAGGGUUUGGGGACUGGAAAAACCUCUUGAGGAGAUGGAGACCCAGCUUUCCCAGGGUUUCUGCCCAGGAAUACUGAGACAAACUAGCCACAGCCAGCUGCAACAACCCUAAGAAAAAGCUCAGUCAGUGGUGGUACAGGCCUUUAAUCCCAGCACUUAGGAGGCAGAGGCAGGCAGAUCUCUGUGAGUUCGAGGCCAGCUGGUCUACAGUGUGGGUUCCAGGACACACUGAGCUGUUAUAAAGAGAAACCCUUUCUCAAAAAAAAAAAAUCAACCCAAAAUACUACUAUUAAUAAUAAUAAAGAUAAAAGAAAGGAAGGCUAGCUAGCUUAGUCUAUCCUGGAAGCACAACACUCUCCUGGAGUUCUCUCUCCACUUCCUGUUCAGGCCUCUCCUCCCUGCAGCUCAAGGCAGACAAUAGUCCCCACUCUCCUGUAUGGAUCCACACUCCUAGUAAUGGCAUUAGUAACCAUCCUCUCCCUCUUUCUUCUCUUCAUCUUCUUCCUCCUCCUUCUGAGAACCUAGUGCACACUAGACACCAGGCUGACAUUUUAAGAUAGCAUUUUAUCUGAUUUUUAUCCUCACAACCAGCAAACAUCAACUCCAUUUGACAGAUGGGAGGCUGAAGACAACGGAGCUAAGCAAGGCACCCUAAGGUGGCACACACCUACACAUCUUACUUGAUAUUAAAUAUCUUACUUGAACUCA